UUGCAUACCACAAAGAGUCAUGACCACAAGUCUCUUUCUGAUCCAAACCCUAUCCUCCUUCUAUAAAUAUGUAACCCAUCAUCACAUUGUACUUAACUUCAUCUCUAGUUGCUUAUAGAUCUGAUAAGAUUCAUAAUUAGUACAUUGUCCCACAUAUCUUCUUUGAUCUCGCAAAGGAAACCUAGUAUCAUUACUAAUGGCUCCACGCAAAUAUAUAUUCCACUUCACCAUCAUUAUUUUUCUGUGUUCUAUCUCAGCUUCCUGGAGUCUUGAAGAUGUUUUACAGGUGCAUGAUGAUAUAUAUCGGUUUGGUGAUUACCAUGAUGGUGUUUAUGAUCGAGAAACUGGAUACGACUCUCGAGCAUAUCCUUCAGAAUUCUUAAGCUCUGACGGCAAGUACUACUCUGAUGGCAUGUCCCCGGACUUGCCAGACGUGGGAACCGGAAUCGAAAGCUACUUAGAGAAGCUUGCGGCAGAGACUUCGGCUAAAACUGUGAGUGUGCAGAGUUAUGGAGCUAAAGGUGACGGUAAAUCUGAUGACACAAUGGCAUUUGAGAAGGCAUGGAAAGAGGCUUGUUCAUCGUCGGGGGCCAUUUUUAUGGUACCCAAGAACAAAAAAUAUCUUGUGAAGCAAAUUACUUUCGAAGGCCCUUGCAAAGCUGCUUUAACUGUGCAGGUAGCCGGUACUGUUUUAGCAUCGAACAAUCGAGGAGACUACAAGAACGACAAGAGACACUGGCUAAUGUUCGAAAAUAUCAAGAAUCUGGUGGUUCAAGGAGGUGGAGUUAUCGACGGGAAUGGCAAGAUUUGGUGGGAGAACUCUUGUAAAAUCGACGAAUCAAAGCCCUGCACGGACGCACCAACAGCAUUGACCUUCUACAGGGUAAACAAAUUAACAGUGAAGAACCUGAAUAUACAAAAUGCUCAACAAAUACAAGUAUCGUUCGAGAGAUGUGAGACUGUCCAGGCUUCGGAUCUCAGAGUAACGGCACCUGGAGAUAGCCCUAACACAGACGGAAUUCACAUCACUCGCACUAAAAACAUGCAAUUAUCUAGCUCCGUUAUUAAGACAGGCGAUGAUUGUGUUUCAAUUGAAGAUGGAACUAAGAAGCUGAAAAUCACAGAUCUAACCUGUGGACCGGGCCAUGGUAUUAGCAUCGGAAGUUUAGGAGAUGGAAAUUCAGAAGCUCAUGUGUCUGAUGUAACUGUGAAUGGAGCUAAGCUCUCUGGAACUAUGAAUGGAGUCAGGAUCAAGACAUAUCAGGGAGGAUCAGGAAGCGCAAGCAACAUUAAUUUCAAGAACAUAGACAUGAAAGACGUCGAAAACCCGAUCAUCAUAAAUCAAAACUAUUGUGAUCAGUCCAAGCCAUGUAAACAACAGAAAUCAGCUGUUCAAGUGAAGAAUGUGUUGUACGAGAAUAUAAAAGGAACAAGUGCGACAGAUGUGGCUAUUAAUUUUAAUUGCAGCAAGAACCAUCCAUGCCAAAACAUUGUACUCAGAGACAUCAAGUUAACAGGACAAGAUGGCGAAAAGGUCAAAGCUGUCUGCAAAAAUGUUGAGCUUGAAGAAAGUGGAACUGUUUCUCCCCGCUGUCCUGAUAAUUGACGAGGAUUUCAGAGUCUUUAAACCCAUUUCGUACCUGAGUAUAUAUUGACAUGGAUACACCUGCAUAUAUCCUGAUAAAAUCAUGUAUCGUAAAAUAAUUUGUGCUGUAUAUAUAUAUAGACCACUCUACAUAAAGAUAUAGGUAAAAUAAAAGCCCGCCGUUGUUAUGUAGUUCAAGAUAGCAGUUGUAUCAAGAUUUCAGGGGAAUGAUCAAUAACAGACUAAUUUGCAUU